AUGGGUAAAGACGAUAGUUGCGGGUUAGAUGUAGGAUGGUUGAUUCGAAACAGGUGUUCUGAUCAUGACCAUGGAUCAAAGUCAAGCAAAAAGAGCAAGUCCGGUGGUGGUGCUAUGGCUGCAGCCCUUGCUUCUUCCGAUUCGCAUGGUGCCAGGACUGGAACUCCCUCCCCGAUAUCUUCUACUGUCAAGAUAUCUGAUUUGGAUGCAAAAAAUCCAGAUGUAACAACGCACGUUGAAGUGAUAGGUCCGAAUAGGAUUGUAAAACAGAGACGUAAUUCUAGUGUUGAUCCUAACAGUGCGAUUGAUAUGUCUGGGAUAAACGGUUAUGAUCAUAAGAUGGGACAUGGAAAAACGCCGCAGAAACAAACGUCGUCAUACCUAGAAAGUGCUCCUUUGAGAAGGACACAAUCUGCAUCGCUGCCCGAAAUGACACAUAAGAGGAAAUCAGGGUUUUUCAAAAAUUUAUUCAAGAGGAAAAGUUCCUCUUCCAAUGCAGAGAGUGCCUCACCACCUCCUGGAUCACCAUCUUUGAAACCUGUCAGUUCUAGCAGCAGUAGUAACAGCACAAUAAGGUUGGAUACAAAUGGCGAAGCUGGAUCGCAUUAUAGCCAUCAUGAAGGUAGAGCGAGAAGCAAAUCAGUGUCAUCAGCGUCGCUGCGGAAUGCAAACCAGCAAAGGUUAGCCCAGAACGAAGGGUUAAAUGAUCUACACGUUGAAACGAAGUUUGAGCCGAGCGUCAGUAGAGUUGCGGAAGGAGUCCCUUUGGAAAGAGUUCAAACUGAAUCACAGGCUUCACAACAGGAUUUGGAUCCUAGAUUGGAAGAGUUCAUCAAAUAUUACAAAGAACAUGGUUGCAAUGGUUUCUCAUCUCAGCAGAAUGGUGCUGCAAAGAAAGUAACCAAAGAACCCAACGCAAUAUUCUCUUUAGAUUCUACUCUAGUCGGUAGUAGUAAAAAUGGAAACAGUAAUGGAAAAGUCCAUUUAGAUAAGAAGGGCAGACCAAUACCGCCACAUCCUCCUAGGUCUCGUUUACCACCUGCAUUGAAGGUAAGAUACGAGCCAGUUCCAUCAUCCUCUCGACCUGAUUCGAGCCAUACACCAUUAUCGGGUGCCAGCAAAUUCGGUUCUUUCUUGAAAAGGGUCACUUCUCAUACCGAUGACUCCUUCGUAUCAAGUAGAAGAAUGUCUUCAGCGUCAUCAUCAAUAUCGUUACCCAGGGAUGCAGAUGAGUCAUCUGUCGAUUCUUCUGAAGGAACUAUAAAUACUUCGGUGGUUCCGGGAUUGGAAAAUCUCAAACCUUUGAAGCGCGUUGCGUUUGCUGCAAACACGUAUUUCAAUGAUCCUCCUCAACAGAUCUGUUCCAGGAACCCUAGGAAAGGUGAAGUUGAAGUAAAAGCAGAUGGAUCUGUUGUUAUCCAUAGGUUAACUCCCGAAGAGAAACGUGAAAUACUGGAGAAGUCAAGUUGUGGUAUUGUGGUAGGAGGAACUGGGCAAUUGAAGUUAAUCAACCAAGAUGCACCAGCGACGUCUCCGGAUCAAAAUGAAGGCGCUGCAUUAAAACUCCAUGCUGAGGAUGACCAUGCGUCUCAACGUCGUCACAUCGAACUUGCAGCAGCAGAAGCUGCGGCAGAGGCCAGAGCUAAAGAUGCUCCACUAGAUUUACAGAGAACUGUGACAAAUAAUGAAGAAGAGGUUGGUGUCAACAAUACAUUAGAGAAAGUUACCAUUGACAAGCCAAUGACAUCAAGGAGAAAAGGUUCUAGCACAUCAUUGGCAUCCAUGAUAUCAUCGGAUUCUGCCUUGGUACCUUCUGAAGAUGAAAACGAACUUCUACCACCCAGAAAUAUAAAGAUCCCUCACGAUGUUGUGUAUACUCGUUGUUGUCAUCUAAGGGAAAUUCUUCCGAUCCCUGCUACUAUGAAGCAGUUGAAAAAGGGAUCAACGGAACCGAUACCGUUCCUACAAUUAAGAAACCCCAAACCUUCUAAAGUAGAAGUGCUUUCUUUCAGUGAUUUUUUGAGUAUCGCUCCGGUGUUAUGUCUAUCUUUAGACGGUGUGUCAUUGAGCGUGGAAAUGUUGAGAAUUAUUUUGAGUUCCAUCACAUAUAAGGAUAAAUUCGAAAAAUUAUCACUCAGAAACACUCCUGUAGAUCAUGACGGGUGGAAGGUCCUUUCAUAUUUCGUAUCCAAAUGCAAAAGCCUAAACUCGCUCGACGUUACCAUGAUUCCAGGAUUAGCGCUUAAUGUUCAAAAGCCAUCUAAAUCAUCAAAUGGCUCAACUGUUCCUAGAAUGGUUUGCAAUAUGGAGAACAGAUCUGAUAUGAACUGGAGUUUGCUUAGUGCGGCCGUGGCAGCUAAAGGUGGCUUAGAAGAAAUGAUCGUUUCAGGUGCCUUCAUGAAUCAAGUUCAACUACAAAACUUCAUUGAUAUUGCUUGGACAAAGACAUUAAGACUUGGCCUGGCCUACAAUAACUUAACUUUAGAGCAAUGUCAAUGCCUUGCAACCUGGAUGACUAACUCUAAAAUACAAGGUGUUGAUGUUGGUUACAAUGAUUUGAAUGGAAAAUUAGGACCGUUCAUAUCUGCCGUAAUAGAGAAGACGAAGAAAGGAAAAAAUGUGUUCAAAUUCCUAUCUCUUAACUCUACAAAUCUUUCGGUUCCUAAAGGUGCAAAAUCUGAGGAUAACGAGGUUUUGAGUUUGCUCAAUGGUCUUUGCUAUUGUGAUAGUUUGAAAUUUUUAGAUUUAUCCAAUAACCCAGGAUUAUUCCCAUACGGUAUGCGUACGUUGACAGCUAUUUUACCAGUGUUUGUGUCUUUGCUUCGUUUGCACUUAGAUAACAACAACCUAUCCACAACGGCAGUAAUGCAGUUUGCCGAAGUUUUGCCGAUGUGUCAACGCAUAAAUUAUAUUUCUCUAUUGGGAACCAAUUUGAAUAUAAUAUCUGCCAGUGCAUUGGCUGCUGCUGUAAAAAAUUCCAAGACUAUAAUCACAAUGGAUAUUGACUACGCCCAUGUCCCUGAUAGAAUCAAAGAAAAAAUCUCUGUCUAUAGUAUGAGAAAUACACAGAGAGAGCUCGAACAAAUUAAUAAAUCUGGUGGCGAUGAUGGACAUGAAAAAUUGAAGUCACUACAAGAAGAGCUUGGAAGGUUACUAACAGAAGAUUCUUCAACCAGGAGUGAUUAUGAUACAUUAGUGUCAAACUUCUUGGAACGUAUUCAAACUGUACGUGCGAAACUUCAUGCUGCAAUUGAAGAACUAUUCAAAUUGAGACUCAAUGGAGAGCUAAGUACGGAGGGUAAAGAAACUCUUAUUAAAUUUUGCUUUAUUGACGCAAGUUUUGAAAAGGGCUUGAAAUUACUAGCAAAGAAGAGUUUGCGAAGCGCAGGUUACCAUUCCCAUAAUGCAGCCACGUCAAAUGACCGUGAAAGCCCAUCACCAUUAACUUCACAAUCUGCGACAGCUUUAACUUAUCCGAAGAAACUAAACACCUUACUUUCUUCAUCGAAAUAUGCUUCCAGUGGCCACAGCGCUUUGUUACCCUUCCAUCAACCAUCUGUAGAAUCAUAUGAACCUGCAGAUGACGAGGUGGCACUAACAUACACGAGCGGUGAAGUGCAGAACGAAGCCAAAGAACAGUUGAAAGAAGAAGGUGAUGUUUUGAGGAAAAGUAGAGGAUUAAUGAAUGAACUACAAAGUACCGCUAACAAACGUGGCCAAGAGCUUAACACAGAUAUUUUGAGAAGGGUUGGCGAAAGAUUUGAUAGUGAACAUAUAUCAAAGACGCCCUUUUGA